CUAAACGCAAGUGAAACAGAUGAUUUACCCAUCGAUGUUCUGUCAGCGAAUCGUGUGACUGAAGGUAGAGUCGCAGAUGAUCAGGGAGGAAAUUCUGUGACAUUUAAUGAACUAAGUAAGAGACCAAGUGAAUCUGUGAAAUCUGAAACAGCUUUAUAUGAAGAAAGAAAUCUACCAGAUGGAGAGAUUUACUCACUGAAAGAAUGUUCACAAACAAAAUCCACAGUAAACACGGAAUAUCCAUCUACUCAUAUUAAGGAGGAACCAACCUCAUGUGAAGAAGGGGAUCUCACACACACUGACAUGUGUACACCCAUAGAACAGACAGAAUAUCUAUCUACUCAUAUUAAGGAAGAUCCACUCUCAUGUGAAGAAGGAAAUCUCACAGAAACUGACAUUUACAGACCCCCAGAGCUGGCACAGUGUCCAUCUACACAUAUUAAGGAGGAAUUGGCUUUAUGUGAAUAUCCAUCUACGUCCAUCACGGAGGAUUCAGCUUCGUGUAAAGAAGGAAAUCUCACAAACACUGGCAUUAUUACACCCACAGAACCUUCAGAAUAUCCAUCUACUCAUAUUGAGGAAGGUCUAGUCCCAUGUGAAGAAAGGAAUCUCACAGAAACUGAAAUUUAUAUGCCCACAGAGCCUACACAGACAGAAUAUCCAUCUACUCCUGUUACGGAGCAUCCAGUCUCGUGUGAAGAAGGAAAUCUCAGGGAUCUGGACAUUCAAACCUCUGCUUGUGAUCCUGUGAGACUAUACAAAAUGGAUACCAAUAACUAUGAUGGUACAAAAGUUUCACUCACAAUUUUAAAUCAAAUGAAAUAUCAGAGAUUUCGUGAAGGGAAGAACGUGACUUGUUCUGAAUGUGGAGAAACAUUCACCUGUAAAACAAACUUCAUGGGACAUCGGUGCUUUCAAUCAAAAUCACACACUAUUGGAAUUUGCAAUACUCACCAAGGAUCUAAAUCACGUUCCCGUAUUGAACUUGAAAAACAUAUUCAGACCAACUCUCUUCCCAAAUGUAAUUUCAUACACAGUGGGGAAAAGCAAAAACAUUCUUGUUCUGAAUGUGAGAAAUGCUUUCAAACCGUUACCGCUCUUAAGCUUCAUUUUAGGAGCCACACAGGAGAAAAAGCAUUUUCAUGUUCUGAAUGCGGGAAAUGUUUCACUCAAAGAUACAACUUGAAUGCACAUCUCAGUGUUCACACAGGAAUUAAGCCAUUUUCAUGUUCUGAAUGUGGGAAAUGUUUCACUCUUAAAUCAACUCUUGUUGCCCAUGAACGGAUUCAUAGUGGAGAUAAACUUUUCUCCUGCUCUGAGUGUGGGAAAUGUUUCACUCAAAAAAACAACUUUAAGGCACAUCUAAAGAUUCACACAGGAAUUAAGCCAUUUUCAUGUUCUGAAUGUGGGAAAUGUUUCUGUGAAAAAUCCAAGCUUGUUGCCCAUAAGCGGAUUCAUAGUGGAGAGAAACCUUUCUCCUGCUCUGAGUGUGGGAAAUGUUUCAGUGAUAAAUCAAAUCUUGUUGCCCAUAAACAGAUUCAUAGUGGAGAGAAACCUUUCUCCUGCUCUGAGUGUGGGAAAUGUUUCCGUCAUAAAUCAACUCUUGUUGCCCAUACACGGAUUCAUAGUGGAGAGAAACCUUUCUCCUGCUCUGAGUGUGGGAAAUGUUUCACUAGAAAGCCAAAUCUUAUUGUCCAUGAACGGAUUCAUAGUGGAGAGAAACCAUUUUCAUGUUCUGAAUGUGGGAAAUGUUUCACUCAAAAAAGCAACUUUUAUACACAUCUCAGGAUUCACACAGGAGAAAAACCAUAUUCAUGUUCUGAAUGUGGACAUUGUUUCAGUCAUAAAUCAAGGCUUAUUACCCAUAAACGGAUUCAUAGUGGAGAGAAACCUUUCUCCUGCUCUGAGUGUGGGAAAUGUUUUAAUCUGAAAGGCAACUUAAAUAAACAUCUCAUGAUUCACACAGGAGAGAAACCAUUUCCAUGUUCUGAAUGUGGGAAAUGUUUCAGUCGUAAAAACAAACGUGAUAGCCACAUGAGGAUUCACACAGGAGAGAAACCAUUCUCAUGUUCCGAAUGUGGGAAGCAUUUCAGUCAUAAAAGAAACAUUGAUAGACACGUUAUGAUUCACAGAAGAGAAACCAUUUGCAUGUUGUGAAUGUGGGAAAUGUUUUUCUCAGAAAGGUUACCUUAAUUCUCAUGAAAGAUUUCACAAUACCAAUAAAUCUAAAACAGAAAGGAGUUAAGGCGCUCACUAUAAUAAAAUAAAAAAACUCCUUGCAACUAUAUCUAGCAAACCAAAGAUUAAUAAGUGCCUAACAUUAAAAGAUCUAUGGAGUUACACUAAUGGUAUACAUACAUGAAUAAAUGUGUAUCUUGUCAUUAUUAUUAUUUAAAAAGCGCCAACAAAUUCUGCAGCGCUGU